AAAAAAAAAUCUUGAUUGAUGCAGCAUGAUUGAAGAUUGCAUCUUGAUUUCAAUUUUGAACAUCUAAGUGAGUGAUUGCCAUAAUUAUAGCCAUUUGUAGUAGUAGCCUACAGACUCCGUGGACGAACAAUGUUCUAAUCUAAGUUUUGACUGGUCACUUGCCCGCACUUUCCCCGUAGGGUGAUUUUAAACGUCCAUUAACCAGCAGCCCAUCUGCUCCUCCGUCUAUCCAGGCUGUGAGACACAAGACCACAAACUGGCGAGGAAGCAGUUAAUGCCGAUCGCGCCUUGAAAUCUACAACAGUUGAUAUUUUUAGAAUGAGCGCCGAAUGUCCUAUAUACGCGCGCUUAGAAUGGGGCAUUACUGAGCGCUAUGGACGGAGCUCUGAGCGCGAAUCGCAGAAAAUCAAUUCUAUUUAUUCAUCUCACUCAUUCAGUUUUAGGUAGUCUAUGAUUUGCCCGAAUAUUUAUCUCUAUUAGGUUAUUUUUUGAUGUUGCCAAAAUGGGUCUCAUUUCAAUUAACAUUAUGUCAUCGUCACCGUAACGGAGAUUUUAAUAAUAAUAAUAAUAAACGAGAAUGUGAGAGAGCCUCGGACGCAGCAAUCCCGAAGUGAAUAACCCGCUUUAUGCGCUGCGUGCCGUUCGCUCUGUACUGGCGGCCACGAGAAUCUCCUCCGUUAAGCACUUUGCCUCCCUAUGCGCGCGUCACUGCGCGACCCCGACACUCUGGGGGGGUCGUGUUUAGAUAUCAGUGGGUGGCUGCUGCUAUCAGCUCCACCACCCACACCUCAUCAAAUAAAUAGGUGACUCAGAAGAAAAUGUUUAGUCAAUAAAAAGCUAAAAACAAAAUGUCUUUUGUGAAGAGCACAGGUCCUUUUCAAAGAUUGGGGAAAAUAUGAUGGUUCUUCCCAACAGCAUUUCUGUGACCUUGGUAAUUUUGACUUGUAGGCAAACACUGUACUUUAUUUCACGUUUCUGUGAAGAAGCAGUUAAGGUCAAGAGCGGUUUGCGUCACACCGAGGUGUGAUGUCAGCACACGCAAGGGAGAGACCCUCUUUACGGAGGCUGUGAAGGCGACGCGCCUUUUUCUUAUUUUAUGCUGCUUUGCCUGUCAACAGGAGAGAUUCUCUCUUAUUUUUGCACUCAGGAGCGCGCACGCAGGCGAGAAGUCACACGAGCCGACCCACCGCGGCAUACGCUGCAUUCCUGGGCGCGCGCGUGCUCGAGCCUCUGGCGGCAUAGCGUGACGGCUUUCUAUUUUCUGUUUCCUCCCCGCUCUCUUAUUCCGCCCUCUCUGCUCCUACGUCACCACCAUCCACCCACCCCCUCUCUCUCGUGUGAUUAUCCGCGAAUCGUGGCUUCUUGCGCGCGCGCGCUUCCCUACUCGCGCAACUCCGGGACUGAGAGAGAGAGAGAGCCAGAGACAGAGAGAGAGAGAGAACGAGAGAGAGCAGUAAACCAGUCUGCUCAAAUUCAAAGUAGACUUUCUCUCUCCGGACCCACCCGGUUCAAGCUGCCUCCUAUUGUGCACCCCCAGGAAUGUGAAGCGAUGUCCGGCUCUAGCAACGAGGAGAAAACCUUCCGAAGGUUCCUGGAGCUCUUUCUCCGGGAGAUGAAACCCCCACUGCUGGAGGACCAACCGCCUCCGAUGCGGCCAAUGACGGAUCUCAUAACUGAGGACGAAGUGGAGGGGGAGUGCCUCGACCUGUGUCUUCAGCACCUGUGCAAAUAUAACUGCCCGUUCCUUCUGGCGUCAGGGUUGGCACGGGGCACAGCCGAUGCCGUCCUGCAGAGCGACCUGUCUGGGUACCAGAGCACCAAACCUCCUGAUGAGGGCAAAGAGCCUUUCCCCCAGUUGGACUCAGUGAAGCUGGCCCGGCUGGUGUUUAAUGCGCUGUAUGAGACCUGCUACCUGUGGCUGAAGGAGUUCCCGGCGCGGCGCCGACCGGCCCAGCAGUACUACGAGACGUCCAUCCACGCCAUCAAGAACAUGCGUCGCAAGAUGGAGGACAAGCACGUCGUCAUCCCCGACUUCAACGCACUCUUCAACCUGCAGGAUCAGGAGGAGCAGGCCUUCUUUGCUGUGUAUGACGGCCAUGGGGGAGUGGACGCUGCCACCUACGCGGCCAACCACCUGCAUGUGAACCUGGUGCGCCAGGAGAUGUUCCAGCAAGACCCAGCGGAGGCGCUGUUUAGAGCUUUCAGGGUCACCGAUGAGCGCUUUGUGAAGAAAGCAUCGCGAGAGACCCUGCGCUGUGGCACCACGGGGGUGGUGACGUUUGUGAGGGGGCACACGCUGUACGUGGCCUGGCUCGGGGACUCUCAGGUCAUGCUGGUGAGGAAAGGGGAACCGGUGGAGCUCAUGAAGCCACACAAACCAGACAGAGAGGAUGAGAAGCAGCGAAUUGAGGCGCUGGGUGGGUGUGUUAUCUGGUUUGGCACUUGGAGGGUCAACGGCAGCUUGUCGGUGUCCAGAGCUAUCGGUGACUCAGAGCAUAAGCCAUAUAUCUGCGGAGAUGCGGACCGCAGCGAGUUUCCGCUGGACGGCUCAGAGGACUACCUGAUCCUGGCGUGCGACGGCUUCUACGACACGGUGGGCCCGGACGAGGCGGUGCGCGUGGUGAGCGACCACUUGAAGGAGAACGCCGGCGACACGGCCAUGGUGGCGCACAAGCUGGUGGCCUGUGCGCGCGACGCCGGCUCCAGCGACAACAUCACCGUCAUCGUGGUGUUCCUGCGCGACCCACGUGCCCCCCCGCCCAGCCAGCACCCCGACGGCACGGCCCCCCCCGAGGAGGAGGAGUCCGUCAACGAGGAGGAGGGGAAGGAGCCAGAGCUGGGUUGCCAUGACGGUGGUGGUGAGGGGGGCGGCGGGAAGGGCCGGGGCGGCUGGCCGCUGCAGCAGUGCUCGGCGCCGGCGGAUCUGGGCUACGAAGACCGCAUGGAUUCCUUCACGGACAGAACCAGCUUGAGCACGGACGGGCCCAGUCUCAGCACCGGCGGGACCCUGCGGCUGCCCGCCCUGUCCCAGAAGCCCCUGCGGCGAGCCUUCGCCAACUCCGACCUGCUGGCUUGGCCCGGGCAGGGGUGGUCAUGGCGACCAUGUGGGGGGGAGGAGGGGCUGUGCGAAUAUCGCUGUCACGGGCCGCCGCUCCCCGAAUCACGGCUCCCGCUCCGCAUCGACGGACUGCUGCUGCCCACGGCGACCCUGUUACCCACGGCGACACUCCUCUCCCGCGGAGACCGGCGCCGACGGAGGAUGAAUCGCCUGCCCCUCAGGAGGGCAGGGCCUUUCAGCAGGCUCCUCCCUUCGCCUCAAAUGCUUCUGCGGCGGCGCCCCUCAGCCCCGCCCCCUCCUGAGUUCCGACUGGGGGGGGCGCUGCCCUCGGUGCUCUGAUGGGGCGACCCCCCCAGCACACACCUCCACCCCCCCAGCACCUCCCUGCCCCAGCACACACUCAUCCACCCGCCUCCACUGGGGCAACGAGACUCCUUACUGCCCCUAUACAGCCUGUAACCAUUACGUCAUUCCUCACACGCGCACACACACAUUUACAUAGACAUAUAUUCAUAUAGAUAUACAUACACACAUACACACACACAC